UCGUCCGAGGAGGAGGCGGCGGCGGCGGGAUAUCUGGUGGUGUAAGCGCGGGCGGGAGGAGGAGUGUGGAGAACGGCGGUUGGGGCUGUUUGUAGUGGUGGUGACCUGUGGGUUAGCUGGACGCCUUCGUUUUGAUUGUGUAUGUGCGGUAACAACAUGUCAGCGCCAAUUCCUGCUAUUGUCCCUGCUGCAAAAAAAGCCACAGCCGCGGUUAUUUUUCUCCAUGGAUUGGGAGACACUGGGUAUGGCUGGGCAGAGGGCUUAACAGCUAUCAAGACCCCACAUGUGAAAUAUGUAUGCCCACAUGCACCUAUUGCUCCUGUCACUAUGAACUUCAGAAUGAAUAUGUCAUCUUGGUUUGAUAUCAUUGGACUUUCUGCAGAUUCUGUUGAAGAUGAAGGUGGAAUAAAGAAUGCAGCAGAAAGCAUUAAAGCCAUGAUAGAUCUGGAAGUUAAGAAUGGAAUACCGUCCCAUCGAAUUAUUUUGGGAGGAUUUUCUCAGGGAGGAGCUCUAUCAUUGUAUACUGCUCUAACAACACAUCAGAAACUUGGAGGAGUAAUUGGCCUUAGCUGUUGGCUUCCACUUCGGAACUCUUUUCCAGAGGCAGCUGCUAAUAGUCCAAACAAAGAUAUUCAUGCUCUUCAGUGUCACGGGGUGGCUGACCCUCUUGUACCUCUAGCAUUUGGUGCUUUCACUGCUGAAAAAUUGAAAACUAUCAUCAAUCCAGAUAAUGUUGUUUUCAAGUCCUAUGAAGGCAUGAUGCACGGUUCUUGUCCCCAGGAAAUGAUGGAUGUCAAACAAUUCAUUGAAAAGCAGCUACCUCCAAUCAACUAACAGAACAUCAGAAGCAUUUUUCUAAAGCUGUACCAGCAUCCGAUCAUGAGAGACUCUAAUCCGUCCUUUCAUUUAACUCUUUAAGAUGUCAGUCAUCCAUCAUUUUAAUACUUGCACAUUUUUCACAAUUUACGUUCUGUAAUUUUUCACAGUGGAACUUUUGACUGUUAUGAUUAGAUGGACACUGUGUGUGAUACAGUUUCUAAAUGCUUAACACUGCAGUAAUUGCUGGGAACAUUUAAACUGCUCGUUCCGAUGUUUGAGCACCCUAAUCUCUACUCUACAGUUUGCUUUUGCGUUUGUUCACAUUGAUUCUUUUUGCUUUGACUGUGAUGAUGGUCUGUAUCAAUAUAUGAAAAAAAGUACAAGAAGCUACAAGCUCCCAAAAAGAUUGUCACUUGAUGGAAUCUGAACACAGCAGACGUUGACAUGGAAAAUCAAAUAAUCAUCGUAAUUGAUAAUUAAAGGUGCUUACUCCAAAAUUGUGGUAGUUGCAUCUUGUAUAUUAGAGCAGUACACUUAAAUACACUUUUCAACAGGGUGUUCGAAACAAAACAUUAUGAAAAGCACUAAAAGUGAUCUAUUGAAAAAGUGGUGAUAUCAAAAUUAAGCAUGAAACCAAGUACAGCAUUAUACCAUUUGGGUACUGCAUUUUAUUGUGAUAACAUUAUUUGGUGUAUUACAAUUGUACCAAUGUAAGAAACAACUGAGUUGAAUAAUUAGCAAAGCAACUACAAUGAAAUUGUGUACAUUUCCGUAAACUUAAAGGACAAAACUGUGCAGGGAUAAUUUUUAUAUUCCAGUUAGACAUGUGCAAAUGUUGUAAUGGUGGAUAUGGAUAGUGUAUUUUAUUUGCUUUUUGUAUGAUGUGAAAUUUACCUAAUGUUUAAGCAUUACAUUUUUAAACCAAUUGUAUUAGUAUUGAUUUCAUUUAGAUGUGAUGCGCAGUUUGUGUGACACAAUCCGAAAUUGCAAACAACUUUCAGAUUAAAAACAUGCUUCACAAUUAUCAAACUAA